AACUUUUAUUAAAAAAAAUAAUUGAGAGAAGGCCGUGAUGGCCAUCACUGCUGCAAGGGCAACCCUCCCGUGCAUUUGGGGUGGGGGCGUGACGGAGAUGGUCAAGACCUCCUCACGCCAUGAUAACACAUGCCUAACUUCUCUUAUUUUUAUCUUUAACUUGUUUUGUUUUUCUGAACGAACUUCAAUGUAGCCCCUUCCUUAUUACAUCAGUUAUGGUUUAUUCUAAAUCUUUACUUGAUUUUCAUUAAGGGAUGGUUUGGAAAUAUCUCACCUGCUCAAUUACAAGGGUUUCGCAAUGCAAGAUUUGGGCAUAGGAUGGGGAAACAGCCAUAUUCUACUGCAGCCUUGCAGAAUCUCAGAAAAACUGCAAAUUCACAAGCUUGUUUUUCUCCACCUCCAACUUCGACAUUAAGGGUCAUGACAUCUCUGGCAAUGAGACUUGGAAGGGGCCUCAAGCUUCUCUCAUGGCAGGUUUCAGUACCAUCGGAGCUUCAUCUUCAGCCGCAAGCAGCAAAUUUCCAAAGGUAUAAUUCAUAAUCCUGUUAAAUAAAAAAAUACUACUAUUUUAUUAUUAUCAAUUGCAAUUCAAUAAAUAUAGAACAAUUUAGGGUGCUGGGGAUUUUGAAGAUUACUUCAAAACGGAGAUCAAACCUCUCCUAAUUGAGAGGUAUUCAAAGUACCCCCAGCCACCCACAUAUGUGUUGCCUCCCACAUAUGUGUUGCCUAAGGACUCGUUUGUCCAAUGGUACUUUCGCUGCCCGGUGAAGUACAGAACAUUUCUAUUUGAUGCCUUGGAACAAAAGCUGAUGGCGAUGGAGGAUGACGGGGGAUCUCUCCCAGGGAAUCCCCAGUCCACUCCCAAGACAAGGGGACCUACAAAGGUAAUGGUAAGCAUCCCACGGAGAAUUGAGGAUGGCUGGAAAGUCAUCCACGUGGAUUAUGCUUACUGCUCAAGGACUGGAUGAGGGAUCGGGGAAGUAAUUUUUUAUUCGCCCGCCACCAAUAGCUGCAUUCCGGAGUACAUUUGCCAACGCUCCUCCACUUCCCCCUCUGAUGUUGUACUUGGGGAGGGAGAUGCCUUCAUUGAGACCCCCCAGAAAGCUAGGGCAGAUGGAGCGAGAAAAGUUUGAUGUUUGAGCAACUGUGAUGCAAUCGUGAACUACAUCAACGGGAGCCGCCAAGUUCUCGAGAAGCACUUGGAGACCGUCUUGUAAAUUAGGUUUCAAAAUUAAAGAAUAGUAUUAUUUUGCAGAAUAGUUUAAUUUGUACGUGCUUUUUAUGAUUAAGUUUUUGUCUUCUUGUUUGAAAAUCAAUUCUUUGUUGGAGAGUUUUGAGGAUUUCGAAGUGGUGCAUCUGUACCGAGAACGAAACAGUGCAGCAGAUUAGUUAGCGGUGGCGGGCCAUAAGUACAGAGACUUGAGCAUGGUGAGCAAUGUAGAUAGGGAAGAGUAUAGUAAUCUCGUAGCGAGCCUCAUGGCCUAAGAGCCAUGUUUCCCGAUCCAAUUUUAAACAAGGUACUUCCGAAUUUUAUUUGAGUUGUUUCUGCUUGUUGGAAUGGGUUUUGGGUGUCAAAUACUUUUUUUUGUUUCAAUACCUUAAUUAUCUCAUAUUUCAAGUAAAAUAUGUUUUUUUGGGUGUCAAAAUAUUUAUCGGGUUUGCUGUUGUUCAAGUGCUAUAAAUUUAAUUUUCAUUUAUUGAAUGUCAGAAUCUAAAGAGAACAUCCUCUUGCAUUGGAAUGUCUUUUUUAUACGUAUUGUUGUUAGUUAACAAUGUUGUUUUCAUUCGAACUUCAUUUUUUCCAUUAUAUGUUAUGUUUGUCCCACUUAACUAAAAUUAGAUUUAUAGCACACUUGAACAAGAGCGAACCCGUUGACACCCAGAAAAAACAUAUAUAUUUUACUUGAAAUAAUUAAUGUAUUGAAACCAAAAAAAACUAUUUGACACCCAAAAUUUAUUCCAACAAGCAGAAACAACCAAAUAAAAUUCGGGAGUACGUACCUUGUUUAAAAUCCGAUCGGGAAACAUGGCUCUUGGGUCAUGUGGCUCGCCACGAGAUUAUUAUACUCUUCCAUCUCUACAUUGCUCACCAUGCUCAAGUCUCUGUACUUACGGCCCACAACUGCCAACUAAUCUGCUGCACUGUUUCGUUCUCGGUACAGAUGUACCACUUCGAAAUCCUCAAAGCUCUCUAGCAAAGAAUUGAUUUUCCUACAAGAAGACAAAGACUUAAUCAUAAAAAGCACGUACAAAUUAAACUAUACUGCAAAAU